AUGAUAGCUUCUCCGAUUGCAGGCGCGCCCUGGCCUGCUCCCACCCCUUCGGCUAACGGCACCGCCGUGGCCGCCGGCUCGACUUCUGCCCAUUCUGCGCUGACUUCAGAGGGUGGCGGGCCAUCCGGAGCAAAGUCACCUCCGCCUCUAUCGCUGCUAGUGGUCGGGGUAGCAUCCAAGAAUGGCUUCAAAGGUAAAGGCGCGAGCGAAGAUCUCAAUUUGGCUUUGGCACCUUCUCGAGAUCGACCGAUCAACACGAAUGCGAGCAUAGGGUCAGAGGCAAAGUCGCAGGAGCCGAGUGGCUUGCAAAGCCUGGACCAGAAUCCGUCUCUGAUCGAAGGCAUCUUGCCCGCUGUGCUCCAGCUGCAGCAGAGGCUGGCACAAGGAGCCAAAGCUGGCCCCUACGCGUUGUGGGAGAAGCCAGCAGAGGUGCAGGAUGGAUCGCUUCAUGGGGAGGAGGCAGCGGCAUCGCAAGGAAUCCCCAUGAGGAAUCCGGGGGGCUCGGGCUCUGGGUGGGCACUUGGAGCUACGGACGACGAUGCUAUGGCAUACGCGGCAGACGAAGCACUCUUAUCGAAUCUCAGAGCUAAAGUGCCAACGCAGCUCAAUAAGGACAUAGUCGCGGACAGACGAGUCCUGGAGGGGAUGUAUGCCAGGGCACGAGCCGCGGUCAGAGCUCUACCUCCACAGCCGGCGAGGUCUCUCGCGGAGACGAAGCACCUCGAGGACAACACCUCGGGCGAUCAAAGCGAGGAGACGACCGCACAAGAAGCUCGAGAGCUGACGGAGGCGCUAGAAGCAUACGAGGAAGCGCUGAGAAGGGCGGCGCAACACCUUGCCCGGGUCGAAUGGAAGAACGACAGGCAGUAA